GGGGGUUGUGGCAGCAGCUGCCGCAUAGGAGGCGAGAGCGACGCCGGGAGUUGCUGCAGCGGAGGCGGAGGCUUCUCCAGGACGCGUCCGGACCGCGCAGCCGGAGCCCCAGCCCGGAGGCGCCGGGCGGUGCACUCGGUGCUGCUGCUAUCGCCACUCUCCCGCAGCCACCAGGUCCCCCGCUGCCACCAGGGCCCCGGCUACCUUCAGCGCCUCCGUCGACCCCGCCGUCGUGUGCGCCCCAGCCGGGACGCCGCCCUCGGCCGGGUCUCCACUUUUCAGCCGCACCUUCCAUGACAGCGCCCGCGCGAAGAUGGCUGCGAAGGGCGCGCACGGCACCCACCUGAAGGUGGAGAGCGAACUGGACCGCUGCCGCGCUGAGGGCCACUGGGACCGCAUGCCUGAGCUGGUCCGGCAGCUGCAGACGCUGGGCAUGCCUGGCGGCAGCGGAACCAACCGACGAUCCAGCCCGAGCUCCAGGAUCGGCUCUCUGGACACGGAUGACUUUGGGAAAUUGCUGCUGGCAGAGGCCCUCCUGGAGCAAUGUUUGAAGGAUAAUCACACCAAAAUAAAAGACUCCAUCCCUUUGUUAGAAAAGACUGAUAGCAGAAUGAAUGAAGCCAAAGAUUACCUGAGCAGCAUCCUUAACCACGGGAAGCUGCCGCCACAGUACAUGAGUGAGGCCAUGCUGAUCCUGGGCAAGCUGCAUUAUGUGGAGGGCACCUACCGAGAUGCCAUCAGCAUGUAUGCUCGGGCUGGGAUCGAUGAUAUGUCCGUGGAGAACAAGCCCCUGUAUCAGAUGCGACUGCUGUCGGAGGCAUUUGUCAUCAAAGGCCUCUCCCUGGAACGCCUGCCCAACUCCAUCGCCUCCCACUACCGCCUGACCGAGCGGGAGGAGGAAGUGGUCGCCUGUUUCGAGAGGGCCUCCCGGGUGGCUCAGGUGUUCCUGCAGGAACUGGAGAAGACCACAAACAACAGCACGUCACGGCAUCUGAAAGUCUCUCACCCGGUUGACUAUGAGCUCACCUACUUUCUGGAAGCUGCCCUCCAGAGCGCCUAUGUGAAAAACCUGAAGAAGGGGAACAUCGUGAAGGGCAUGAGGGAACUCCGGGAGGUUCUGCGGACUGUGGAGACCAAAGCAACGCAGAACUUCAAAGUGAUGGCGGCCAAGCACCUGGCGGGGGUCUUGCUGCACUCCCUGAGUGAGGAGUGCUACUGGAGCCCCCUGUCCCACCCUCUGCCUGAGUUCAUGAGCAAGGAGGAGAAUUCCUUCGUCACACAGACCCUGCGGAAACCUCACCUCUAUGAAGGGGACAACCUCUACUGCCCCAAGGAUAACAUCGAGGAGGCCCUCCUGUUGCUGCUCAUCAGUGAGUCCAUGGCAACUCGGGACGUGGUGCUGAGCCGGGCCCCUGAGCAGGCAGAGGACCGGAUGGUGAGCCUACGGAAUGCUGCGGCCAUCUAUGACCUCCUGAGCAUCACGCUGGGCAGGAGGGGGCAGUACGACAUGCUCUCUGAGUGCCUGGAACGAGCCAUGAAGUUUGCGUUUGGAGAAUUUCACCUUUGGUACCAAGUGGCCCUCUCCAUGGUGGCUUGUGGGAAGAUGAGGAAACUAAGGCCCAGGGACUUGCCUGGCAGCAGCACCACCAGGCCCCCCUCUGGAUCCUCUGCCUGGCUCUUGGGAGGAAAGGAGUCAGCCUACGCCGUGUCCCUGCUACGGGAGUGUAUGAAGCUGCGGCCCUCGGACCCCACUGUGCCCCUGAUGGCUGCCAAGGUCUGCAUCGGGCCCCUUCACUGGCUGGAGGAGGCCGAGCACUUUGCCAAGGUGGUGGUCAGCCUCGGUGAGGAAGCUGGGGAUUUCCUCCCCAAGGGCUACCUGGCCCUGGGUCUCACCUACAGCCUGCAGGCCACUGACGCCACCCUGAAGUCCAAGAAAGAUGAAUUGCACCGGAAGGCACUGCAGACGCUGGAGAGAGCCCUGGAGCUGGCACCUGGUGACCCCCAGGUCAUCCUUUAUGUCUCCCUGCAGCUGGCCCUCGUCCGACAGAUCUCUAGUGCCAUGGAGCAGCUGCAGGAGGCGCUGCUGGUGUGCAGGGACGAUGCCAACGCACUCCACCUGCUGGCACUGCUCUUCUCCGCCCAGAAGCACCACCAGCAUGCCCUGGAUGUCAUCAACAUGGCCAUCACCGAGUACCCUGAGAACUUCAACCUGAUGUUCACCAAGGUAAAGCUGGAGCAGGUACUAAAAGGCCCAGAGGAAGCCCUGGUGACCUGCAGACAAAUGCUGCAGCUAUGGCAGACACUCUACAGCUUCUCCCAGCUGGGGUCCUGCCCUCCCUUGCUUUCCAGAGGCCUGGAAAAGGAUGGCAGCUUAGGUGAGGGCCACACGAUAAAGAAGCAGAGUGGCAUGCACCUGACCCUGCCCGAUGCCCACGAUGCAGAUUCUGGCUCUCGGCGGGCAUCAUCCAUUGCAGCCUCGAGGCUUGAGGAGGCCAUGUCAGAGCUGACCAUGUCCACCUCAGUCCUGAAGCAGGGUCCCAUGCGGCUGUGGACCACGCUGGAACAGAUCUGGCUGCAGGCUGCCGAGCUGUUCAUGGAGCAGAGACACCUCAAGGAAGCAGGUUUUUGCAUCCAGGAGGCAGCCGGCCUCUUUCCCACCUCGCACUCGGUGCUCUACAUGCGGGGUCGCCUGGCCGAGGCGAAGGGCGACCUGGAGGAGGCCAAGCAGCUGUACCAAGAGGCGCUCACGGUGAACCCCGAUGGCGUGGACAUCAUGCACAGCCUGGCUCUUGGAGGACUUUAUGAAAUCAGGCAUAUGCAUCUUUCCCAGUGUCUCCAUAGCAACAGAAGGCCUAACUCUGGGGAAUUCAUGGAGAAGGAAAAUGAUCCAGCUAAAAAUGGUCUGAUGCUGAGUCGGCUGGGCCACAAGAGCCUGGCCCAGAAGGUACUGCGGGACGCUGUGGAGAGGCAGAGCACCUGCCACGAGGCGUGGCAGGGCCUGGGCGAGGUGCUGCAGGCCCAGGGCCAGAACGAGGCUGCCGUCGACUGCUUCCUCACCGCCCUGGAGUUGGAGGCCAGCAGCCCCGUGUUGCCCUUCUCCAUCAUCCCCAGGGAACUCUGAGCGGCACUGCAGCAGCGGGGGACUGCCAGCACAGGCCCAGGGAGGCGGGGGCAGGCAGGGACAGGCAGGGAGCUGGGGUCAGGGAGGGAUGCUGGCAUUCAAGUGUGGGGCUUAGGGAAUACAUCGCUAGUGAACAUUUCCGCAGGCUGCAGCCCCAGUUCUGGCCCACGCCUCCCCGCUCCCCUCCGGGGCCAGCUGGGGCUGGAGCCGGGUGGACAGGAUUUGCAUUGGAAGCAAAUCCCUUGCUCCCUGGGACUCAGACAUGUUAUGAGCAGGGAGCUGGGUGGCAUCUCCACAAGGCCCCUCCCUCUGUGCCUGUGCAUCAUCUGAAGAUGCCCGAAGGGUGUCAAGCCCCCAUCCUUAGAAAUUCCUGACAGCUGUACUUUUUGACUUUGGACAAACUUUAGUCUCAAGCCUCUGCACCACCAGAGAGGAGCCCCCAGAGCUGCCUCUGGCUGGGCCAGGCUGUCCUGGAUUCCUUUCUCAGUGCCUUGGGAGACAGACUGGCUUGAACUUUAAGUGACUUUGCAGAGUGUGGUGACCUGACAACUCAAGAGUGGGGAGCCUCACAGCUGUGCCUUACCCCUACCCAUGCCUCUGCCUUGGGGUCUGGGGUCCCCACUCACUGAAUCUUGCUCCCCCUGUCUCAGGACAGGGCAAGUUUCUGGGUGGCUCAGGUCUUGCCCUGGUAGUCCCAGCUUGACUCUGCGGGCUGGGUGAGCACGACAGCACUUCUGGGUUCCUCUCUCAGAUGUUAGCAGAGGAUGCCUAGCAUUGUCCUUCUUUGUCCAAGGGGAUCAAAUGGGCCCUUCGUGCUCUUCCUCUCUGCCACCAAGUGCCUUUGGGCCUCUCGUGUAUGGACCUGAACAGCGGCCCUAACUAACCCUUACAUUUCUACCCAUCUCUCUGGAAACGUGCCCUAGCCUAAGUGGCCCCUAGAGCGGACCUUAGGGACAAAAAUAUGGCUCUGGACCCAGCUGUUUCUAAUACCCUGAGUCAACACAUUCCUGCAAGCCUUUCCCUGGGAUGCAGGUCCCUCCAGGGCUACUAAUACAGAGGGGGACAGCCUCUAGGACUGUGUCCAGUAUGCCUCAUCACCUAUAGCCCUAGGGCUUUCUUGGGUGACCCAAACCCCACCCUGGGACUCCAGGUGCUAUGGUUGGAGAUGGAGGAGACCAAGCCUGCCCCUCCUUUCCAUGAUGAAGCAGGCCUCCAUGUCCAGGACACACCCUGUCUGCAGGGUUGGGAGUUGCUGGGCAGAUGUCUCCUCCCUGUUGGCUCCGUGGUCUGCUGCUUCCACCCUCAGAACCCUUCCCCAGGAAGUCAUUCCCAGGCAGAGUUCCUCCCUGAUCUGCCACAGGUUCCAGGAGUAAUCGUCCCCUGGGCACAGCUCCCAUUUUGAGAUUCAUGGGAAGGUUGGUGAGGGCCACCCUGGUGUGUCAUAGCUGCAACUUUCCCCAAGGGGGACAGCUCAGCACUGCAGAGAGUGGGGGCCUCCUGGUCACCUGCACCAGACCAAGGGGCACCUCAAAGGACACGUGAUCCUUUGCCUCUUGGUUGAAGGAUCUCUCUGUAUGUGUAUGUAUGUAUGUAUAUAAAUAUAGAUAGAUAUAUAUAUGAUAGAGAUCUAUUUUUUUCUGGAAUUCUAUUAGAAAAAAAUAAGCAAAUGCCACUGAUGUGCCUUGGGGUGUGCAAGGAUAUUGGUAGUCACCUUUUGGUAGUAGGAAAUGGCAUCAAAUGCAUUCUGACAAGCGUGCCCUCUCUGGAAGCCACGGAGAGCUGGGCCAAGUUGCUGACAGUGACUUUGGAAAUUGAAUAAAGAGACUCUUGAAGGGGAA